GAUAGCUUGACACCAGCUAGAGAGCACUUGUUGACGUCGGGGACCAGAGGAUGAGGCACUCGGUUGUCCGUCGUUUCAAGCUCGACUACUAAUUCCAUUGCUGUGGUGGAUCAGGUAGCCCGUGAGCACGACACACAGACAGUGACAGGGCUGUGUGGCUCUUCCUCCUCUCCCUCUUCUCCUUUUUCAUCGGGCGGGCAGUCACAGAGACCAUUAGUCUGCAGGAGGGUGUUGUCCAACUCCAACACAGAUUCACGCGCAGUUUCUCCAACCGCACCUGGUCUGCCGGACUAUGACCUCAUUCCAGGAAAAGGAAGAAAAUCACCUGACAGACUCAUUUGUUUAAUCAGCUGUUCAUGUGAGGCAACAGGGUGGCUAUCUCAACCCUCAGAGUCAGCGCCAUGCAGUGUUGAGUUGAGUCAAGCCGAGCUGAAGAGAUCUGUGUUGAAGACCAUCUAACCCUUCACCCCGUCCCACCUGGUCCCAGAUGGAGCUCAAAGUGUGGGUGGACGGAGUGGUGCGGGUGGUGUGCGGCCUGUCUGAGGAGACAUCCUGCCAGGAUGUAGUCAUCGCUCUGGCCCAGGCCAUUGGUCAAACAGGCCGCUAUGUUCUGAUCCAGCGUCUUAGGGAUACAGAGAGGCAGCUGUUGGCUACAGAGAAGCCUCUGGAGUCUCUGGCUAAGUUAGGCCAACAUGGCGCUGAAGUUCAGUUCUUCCUGCGCCGUACUGGCCCUAGCAGCAGUGACGGACCCAGCUCAAAACAGGACACACCAACUUUACCCCAACUGCCCAAGUACCCCGAGCCAGAGCCUUUGAAACGCAGCCAGCCUAAGAAAGCACUCACCUUUAACCUGGGGCCAUCCACCUCUCCUAAUAACAAAGCCAAACAUUUUAAGAAGUCUCCUCGGGACUCUCCGGAGCAAAGAGCCUCCCCUUCUCCCAGCCCUGUAUCCCCUCAUAUUCCAUCCAAAUCCCCGUCCCCGUCCCCGUCCCCGUCCCCAUCCCAGUCCCCAGCACUACCUAUAGGCCCUUCCAAAGAGGAGGUUUUUAGGAAGGUUCUACAGCAACAGGAGAGACUGAGGGCUAUGGAGGCCCAGCUAGAAGCCGUAGAGAGGGAGUCACACACCUGGGAGCGUCCCAACCCAUCUCCAUGUCCCUCACCAGUUUCUGACACUCGCUUGCAAGAAGAGAUGGACGCUCUGGAGCAAGCGGUGCGGAGGAACCAGGCCGAGCUCGCCCAUGAGCAGUACUGGGAGGAGGAGCUUCAGGCAGAGAUGGAGAGGGAGCGAGGAAUGAGGAGGAAGCUGGAGGAGCUCCACGCCAAGCUCGACGACUGCGGACGGCGGCUGCACAAGUUCUCUGUUCGCUCUGCUCAGCUGCAGCAAGAGAUCCAGCGGGAAAGCCAGACGGAAGGGAAAGCCAACAGACCCGAGGAAUCCCUCGAUGCCGUGAAGGCAGAGCUCCAGAGUCGGGAGAAUCACGGGACAGAGCUGGAGGAGCAGCUUUCUGAGACUGACAAGGCUCUGGGGAAGGCAGAGUCUCUGAUGCAGGCCAAACAGGAGGAGCUGGAGGAGUUGAAUAAGGAGCUGAGGCAGUGUAACCUGCAGCAGUUCAUCCAACAGGCAGGUGUCCUGCAGGCGCACGCUCACUCCCGCACAGAGCUUCAGGAGCAGCUGGAGCAGUUCGAACUGGCACAUCUUCUGCAGGAUGGAUACAGGAAUGGAAGCCACAGCGUAACUCAAGUGGAAUCACCGCCUCGCCCCACUGCCAAACAGUUCCUGGGACAUCCACGCAACCUGCAAAACCCUCUGGUGUCCAGUCUCAACCCUGAGGUCCUGACAUCCCGAGAGUCGUCAUGGAGAUAAAACAUGGACCGCAGGGCCAAAGGAAAAGUUGUUCACUGUUCUGUCACCGUCACAUCUUAUUUAACCCCUUUCUUUGUAACUCAUUAUUUAAUCGACCAUGAUAUACAUACUGUAUAUACAUAAGACAAAUAUAUUUACAGAGAUUUGCUACUGUAAACACUGCAAAGUAUCUGUAUGAAAUGUAAAAUAAUUUAGAAACCUUUUACCUAGAGCAAUUAUUACCAGUACUGUGUAUUUAAAUAUAAUAAAAAUGUGCAUUGUGUUUUAGAU